CCUGCACUGCCAGCGUCCUCCCAGCCCAGCCGGCCACAUCUGGGGGGCGCCCGCCCUGGUUUCCGCCGCCAGUAGACUUCCUCCGGCGGUGGCUGGAGGCUGCGCAUCUGGGGCUCGGAGCAUACAAAGGGGGCGGCCAGCCGGGGCGCGGGCAGACGGCUGCGGGCAGGGCGCGGGGCCGGACCAUGAGCCGCUGAGUCCAGUGAAGCCCAGCGAGGGAGUGGAACAGCAGGCGACAGCCCGGCGGGGACCAGCGGCCCCCGAGCAGCCACCGAGCCAGCGAUCCGGAGAGACGCGGGGUCCCGGGCGCGCAAUGACGGAGGCGCGGGUGACUCGGGGCGCGCUCGCCGGCCCCCUGCAAGCGCUCUGCAUCCUCGGUUGCUUGCUGAGCAGCGCCCCCGCUGCCCCCUCACCCAUCAUCAAGUUCCCCGGGGAUAUCGCCCCCAAAACGGACAAAGAGUUAGCCGUGAAAUACCUGAACACCUACUAUGGCUGCCCCAAGAACCGCUGCAACCUGUUUGUACUAAAGGACACACUGAAAAAGAUGCAAAAGUUCUUUGGGCUCCCUGAGACAGGCGACCUUGACCAGAACACCAUAGAGACCAUGAGGAAGCCACGCUGUGGCAAUCCUGACGUGGCCAACUACAACUUCUUCCCAAGAAAACCCAAGUGGGACAAGAACCAGAUCACAUACAGGAUCAUUGGCUACACUCCCGAUCUCGACCCAGAGACAGUGGACGAUGCUUUCGCACGCGCCUUUCAAGUGUGGAGUAACGUGACCCCACUUCGCUUCUCUAGAAUCCACGAUGGAGAGGCUGAUAUCAUGAUCAAUUUCGGCCGAUGGGAGCAUGGCGACGGGUACCCCUUCGAUGGCAAGGACGGGCUCCUGGCUCAUGCCUUCGCCCCUGGCUCUGGUGUUGGUGGUGACUCCCACUUUGAUGAUGAUGAACUGUGGACCCUGGGGGAAGGACAAGUGGUACGGGUGAAGUAUGGGAACGCCGAUGGGGAAUACUGCAAGUUUCCCUUCCUAUUCAACGGCAAAGAGUACAACAGCUGCACUGACACAGGCCGAAGCGACGGCUUCUUGUGGUGCUCCACCACUUACAACUUUGACAAGGAUGGCAAGUACGGCUUCUGCCCCCAUGAAGCCCUGUUCACCAUGGGUGGCAAUGCCGAUGGGCAGCCCUGCAAGUUCCCGUUCCUCUUCGAGGGCACCUCCUACAAUAGCUGCACCACCGAGGGCCGCUCUGACGGCUACCGCUGGUGUGGCACCACCGAGGACUAUGACCGCGACAAGAAGUAUGGCUUCUGCCCUGAGACUGCCAUGUCCACCGUAGGAGGGAACUCAGAAGGUGCUCCCUGCGUCUUUCCCUUCACCUUCCUGGGCAAUAAGCAUGAGACAUGCACCAGCGCUGGCCGUAGUGAUGGAAAGCUGUGGUGCUCCACCACGUCCAGCUACGACGAGGACCGCAAGUGGGGUUUCUGCCCUGACCAAGGGUACAGCCUCUUCCUGGUGGCAGCUCAUGAGUUUGGCCAUGCAAUGGGUCUGGAGCACUCCCAGGAUCCUGGAGCCCUGAUGGCUCCCAUUUACACCUUUACCAAGAAUUUUCGCCUGUCCCAGGAUGACAUCAAGGGCAUUCAGGAGCUCUAUGGUGCCUCUCCUGACACUGACAUUGACACGGGUACUGGCCCCACGCCCACUCUGGGCCCUGUGACUCCUGAGAUCUGCACUCAGGACAUCAUCUUCGACGGCAUCUCGCAGAUCCGUGGGGAGAUCUUCUUCUUCAAGGACCGGUUCAUUUGGAGGACCGUGACACCACGUGACAAGCCCUCAGGGCCACUGCUUGUUGCCACAUUCUGGCCUGAGCUCCCAGAGAAGAUCGAUGCUGUGUACGAGGCUCCGCAGGAGGAGAAGGCUGUGUUCUUUGCAGGGGACCAGUACUGGGUCUAUUCAGCCAGCACCCUGGACCGAGGUUACCCCAAGCCUCUGACGAACCUGGGGCUGCCUGCUGAUGUCCAGAAAGUGGAUGCUGCCUUUAACUGGAGCAAGAACAAGAAGACUUAUAUCUUUGCUGGAGACAAGUUCUGGAGGUACAAUGAGGUGAAGAAGAAGAUGGAUCCCGGUUUUCCCAAGCUCAUUGGAGAUGCCUGGAACGCCAUCCCUGACAACCUGGAUGCUGUGGUGGAUCUGCAGGGCAGUGGUCACAGUUACUUCUUCAAAGGUGCAUUUUACCUGAAGCUGGAGAACCAAAGUCUGAAGAGCGUGAAGUUUGGAAGCAUCAAAUCUGACUGGCUGGGCUGCUGAGCAGACUCAGCUCCUGGCCCUGCUGCCUCAUUGCCUUCUGCGCACUGGCCCUGAAUAUCAGAAGGACCCAGAUGGGCUGGGUAGCCCUCAGCUCUGUAGUUAGCCAGCAGUGUCAUCUCAGCCUGGUAAUUUAACAUUCCAGAGUGGCUCUGCUCUAUGUCCAAGGAAAGGUGCUCUCAAAUGCCCUGACCCCUCCCUGACCCCACACAACCCUCUAGAGUUCCCCAAAGGAUUAAUAUUCUCAAUGCAGCCUGCUUAGGGCUGCCUGGUGCUGCCACCUUCCAACCUCCACAACCUCUGUGGCUCACAGCACCCUCAGAGCUGACAGAGAUCAUUUCCAGGGGGCACUGGUGGUCUGACUGGCACUGUAGGAGAGGACUGAGGCCUCUCCUCCAUUUGUGGUUUGCUUCCUAGGCACUUUGCCCUUUUCUUUGGAUUUUUUUUCUUUAAAUUUUCACUUUGAAAUGAAAUUCCCUGACAGAAGACUAAGGUUGCACAAAAUCACUGCAGCCCUUAGUCCAGGUCAUCCCGGGCCCCAUGUUCCCUCUCUCCAGUUCAUUCUUGUCCCUCUGCUUCCUCCACUGGCUGGAGGGAAGCCAAGUAUGGCUCCCAUGUGCCCUUCUCACCUCCCCUUCAACCGCUCCCCGUGGGAAGUGCCAUAACUUUGAAUAAAGACACACAGGCCUGAGCUGCAAGGUUCAUCCCAGAGCAUAGCCCAGCAUCAGGCCACAGCCCCCUGGGGCAUAAGGACACACCUAAAGUCCAAACCUUGGCUUCUUGCUGGGCACAGGUGGCCUCUGCUGGAAAGAUUAAAGCUGCCAAAGGAAAUAGGAGGCCAUGGGGUAGGUGGAUGACUUGGAGCUCCGGCACCCUGGGUGGCCCUGGGACCACAGAGAUUUUCUUACUUUUAUUGCUGUGUUUGGUUUCAGGGUCCCUUUCUCUUUGGGGCUCAAUUUCUUCAUUGACCAGAAUACCAACACUAAUGCUCCUAUCAGUAUCAAGGAGCAGUGACAGUAAUAAAGAGUGCUUUCAACAGGCCAA